GAAAGAGUUGUAAUGAGUGAAAAUAAACAUUAAAACACACGCAAAUGUAUUUUCCUGGCUGCAGCACCUGCCGUCUUGCCUCGGUAGGAGUCAUUUUCAAAAACAGCAGCUUCUUGAGGCCCAGAACGCAUUCCUGUGCUACGGAAAGCGGAAGAGUAGCUCUCGGGGUCAGAAGGCGAAGGUUAGAGGGCCGAAUUGGCGGGAGAAUAGGUUGGUGGUCCACGAUCUGAGGCAACGGUGGCUCCGCGAGGUCCACGGUCCCGGAGAUGGGAUUUCGCCAUGUUGUCCAGGCUGAUCUUGAACUCCUGGGCUUAAGAUAUCCACCGUCAUCAGCUUCUCAAUGUGCGGGAAUUACAGGCGUGAGCCACCAUGCCUGGCCUGAGUGUUCAUUGACGAUGAGAGAUGGUGGAGUUUUUUGCAUCAAAUCACAAAAAUAUACUGAGUGAUAUGAGGAUUCUUGCUUUUCUGGAAGCUAACACAUAGUCAGUGCCAAAGUAGUGACAGAAGAAAUCUUGGGAGGAAGCAUUUUUGCCUUGUACUUGAAACAGCUGCUGGGCCACCAUGGCUCCUGUGAAGAUCAGCCAUGUGGUAUCAUUUUCUUCUCAGGAUCCCAGGUAUCCUGUAGAGAACUUGCUAAACCCAGAUAAUCCAAGGAGACCUUGGCUCAGCUGCCCUCAGGACAAGAGUGGGCAACUGAAAGUAGAACUACAGCUGGAGAGGGCAGUGCCCAUUGGCUACAUUGAUGUGGGUAACUGUGGCUGUGCAUUCCUGCAAAUUGAUGUGGGCCGUUCUUCCUGGCCCCUGGACAGACCUUUCGUCACCCUGCUCCCUGCAACCAUGCUAAUGUCUCUAACUGAUUCAAAGCAGGGGAAGAACCGCUCUGGGGUCCGCAUGUUUAAAGAUGUUGAUUUCCUGGCUCCAGCCUCAGGAGAGUUAUGGGAUCGACUUCGCCUGACCUGCUCCCAACCCUUCACGCGUCAUCAGUCCUUUGGCCUGGCCUUUCUACGGGUGCGUUCUUCUCUGGACUCCUUAGAUGACUCUGUGUUGGGUCCCUCAGCCCUUGUGAGCUCUGUGCUGAACAAGGGUUCUGAUGCUCAGGAGUCUGGUCCUAGCCCCUGGCUAGCUAAUCCUUCCAUCCGGAGGACAUUCUUCCCACAUCCCCAUACGGAUACCAAGGAAAUUUCAGAGCUCAGGAAUAUCCUAACACAGAUGCAGCCAGGGACUCUGGGGCGUUCAGCCCACAUGGUGCUUUCUGCUGCCCGCAGGGUGCCUCCAGUCAGUGUGGCAAGCCCAAAGAACAACCAUGCAGAAUCAGGUUCCAGUCCUCCAGACAGGGCAGAGCCCAGAGCAGAGGAGCAAAACUCUGAGAAUGAUGUGGGCAGAAUGAAAAGAAGGAAAGUGCAGCACCAAAGGCCUGUAUCCAACUCUAAUUCUCGGCCAAACAGGAGGGAGACAGCAAGAGCAAGGCAAAAAAAACAGCACCGACCCCAGGCCCAAAGCAGUGGUGACCAGGAUAGUGGACUGUGCCCGAUUUGUGCAGGCUCCUUCAGGAUUGAGAUUCUUCCCCAGCAUGCUGCCACUUGUGGAGAGACCUCCCCACCUCACCCAGCUUCUCCCUCCUCAUCAUCUUCGUCCCAGUCUGUACUAAGAUUUCACUCUGUGGUACUAACACCGGUUCCCCUGGUCCCCAGGCCUCUCCACUCCUUCAUCCACCAACAGCCUAACUGGACUGAGAUCAUGAACAGGAAGCUCAGGUUCCCACCUCCACUCCUGGCUGCCAACCAGGAGGGCCAACUGGGCCUUGUGCAGCAGCUGCUGGAGUCAGAGGUUAAGGCCACAAGCAGUGGGCCAGGUGGGCCCCUGCACAAUGUGGAAGAGGCCAAGGAGCACUCCUGGAGGGAAGCACUCAACUUGGCCAUCCACCUGGGCCAUGAGGCCAUCAUUGAUGUGCUGUUGGCCAGUGUCAAGUUUGACUUCCGCCAGAUCCAUGAGGCCCUGCUAGUGGCAGUGGACACAAAGCAACCAGCAGUGGUGCAUCGCCUGCUGGCCCACCUGGAACGGGAGAAGGGUCGCAAAGUAGACACCAGGUCUUUCUCACUGGCUUUCUUUGACUCAUUAAUUGAUGGCUCCCGCUUUGCACCUGGUGUGACUCCUCUCACCCUGGCCUGCCAGAAGGACCUGUACGAGAUAGCACAGCUGCUCAUGGACCAGGGCCACACCAUUGCCUGGCCCCACCUGGUCUCCUGUGCCUGCCUCAAGUGCAGCAACGCCCGCCGCUAUGACCUGUUUAAAUUCUCUCUGUCCUGCAUCAACACCUACCGUGGCAUUGCCAGCAAGGCCCACCUCUCACUGGCCAGUGAGGAUGCCACACUGGCUGCCUUCAGGCUUAGCCGUGAGCUCAGGCACCUUGCACGCAAGGAGCAUGGUUGGGCCUGUGGUGGGUGUUCUGGGAAGUUUGGAAGUCACAAAAAGAGGACGAGGCCUGGCCUCUGUUCUCAGGAAACCUCUAGUUUGAUGGGGAGUCAAGAAUCCCCCCAAGAGAAUUUCAUUCUAAUGGCAGAGAACAGCCACUCCAGAGGGGGUGGUAGGCACACACGGACCUGCUUCCCUAAGCCUGAGUACAUUGCCCUGGAGUCACCGAGCCAGGACUGUGGCUUUGAGCUGCUGGGCAUGUGCCGGAACCAGAACGAGGUCACUACCCGGCUCAACGACCCGGCCGAGGACAGCGAGACGGAGCCCAAGGCUGAGGGCCUGGGCCUAGCCUUUGAGGAAGGCAUCCCCAACCUGACGAGGCUGCAACUGGCUGUCAACUACAACCAGAAGCGGUUUGUAGCACACCCCAUCUGCCAGCAAGUCCUGUCCUCCAUCUGGUGUGGGAACCUGGCUGGCUGGCGUGGAAACAUCACCAUCUGGAAGCUCUUUGUUGCCUUCCUCAUCUUCCUCACCAUGCCCUUCCUCUGCCUUGGCUACUGGCUGGCACCAAAGUCCCGGCUGGGCCGCCUGCUAAAGAUCCCAGUACUGAAGUUCCUGCUGCACUCCGCCUCCUGUCUGUGGUUCCUCAUCUUCCUGCUGGGAGAGUCCCUGGUCGUGGAGACACAGCUGAGCACCUUCCGUGGCCGCAGCCAGAGUGUCUGGGAGACUUCACUACACAUGAUUUGGGUCACAGGCUUCCUGUGGUUUGAGUGCAAGGAAGUGUGGAUUGAGGGCCUGUGCAGUUACCUCCUGGACUGGUGAAACUUCCUGGAUAUGAUCAUCCUGUCCCUGUACCUGGCUGCCUUCGCACUGCGCCUCCUCCUGGCUGGGCUUGCCCACAUGCACUGCCGGGACCACUCCCAAGCAACUGCCUGCCACUAUUUCACCACGGCUGAACGAAGCAAGUGGCACACCGAGGAUCCCCAGUUCUUGGCUGAGGUGCUCUUCGCUGUCACCAGUAUGCUCAGCUUCACCCACCUGGCCUACAUUCUGCCGGCCCAUGAGUCGCUGGGCACUCUGCAGAUUUCCAUCGGCAAGAUGAUCGAUGACAUGAUCUGGUUUAUGUUCAUUCUCAUGAUCAUCCUGACCACCUUCCUCUGUGGCCUCAACAACAUCUAUAUGUCCUACCAGGAGACAGAGCAGCUGGGCAAUUUCAAUGAGACGUUCCAGUUUCUGUUCUGGACCAUGUUCGGCAUGGAAGAGCACAGCAUGGUGGGGUUUCUGGUGCCUGAGUUUGUGGGCCGGGCCCUCUAUGGCAUCUUUACCAUCGUCGUGGUCAUUGUGCUGCUCAAUAUGCUCAUUGCUAUGAUCACCAACUCCUUCCAGAAGAUUGAGGAUGAUGCUGACGUGGAGUGGAAGUUUGCUCGCUCCAAGAUCUGUCUGUCCUACUUCCGAGAGGACCUGACACUGCCUGUGCCCUUCAACAUCCUGCCCUCCCCAAAGGCUGUCUUCUACCUUCUCAGGAGGAUUUGCCAGUUCAUUUGCUGUUGCUGUUCCUGCUGCAAAACCAAGAAGCCAGACUAUCCCCUCAUCCCUACUUUUGCCAAUCUUGGGGCAGGGGCUGUGCCUGGGAAGGAACAGCAUGGAUCCUACUGCCUUCACAUCAUCAACGCCCUGGUGCAGCGCUACAUAGAGACCGCCCGGCGUAAAUUCGAGGAGACCCAGCAGAAAGACCUGGGCAACUGACUCACAGAGCUGACCAAGACUGUAUCUCGACUGCAAAGCGAGGUAGCCUGUGUGCAGUGAACUCUGGCGGAGGGAGGUACACCCCAGUCUCCUGACAGUGCCAGCAUCCUCAGUCACUGCAUCACCUGAGUGCACAACAGCUUCCAGAACCUGGGGCCUCCCAUCCCUGAGACCCCAGAGCUGACAGGGCCUGGGAUUGUGGGGACCCAGGAAUCAUCAGGAACCGGGCUUCCGGACAGUGGAGGGGCGAGGACUCUGGCUUCUGGAGAUUCCGGCCCGCGCUCCCCAGCUCAUGUGCUAGUACAUAGGGAGCAGGAAGCAGAGGGGGCUGCAGACCUGCCCCAGGGGGAGGAUUCGGGGACUGAGGGGAGGUCCUGAUACAGUGGAAGGCUCUCUUCUGCUGCUGAGGGUGGUAGCCUAGGAGGGUAAGGGUGGGGGGCCCCUUGGGAGGAGCCUGCGCUGCUUUUCUUGCUUCAAUAAAGUUUCUGUUCUGGAUGUGAGAGGCCUCCGGGCUGUGUGAGAAUCUCUGUCUCCUGAUGUUUUGAGGUCCUCGCCCUUCUUUCCCCUGAAAUGGACCCUUGUGGGAGUAGGACAGAGAGAAAUGACUUGCUCUGUGGUCCCAAGUGUCUUGGGCUUAGGAUCCUACUUUGAGUUUCCUCAGAUCUUUCAUGGACAGUUCCGGACCAGGAGGCAGGAGGCAGGAGGCCGGGGAGAUGGGAGGUCGGGGUUCAAUGGGAACUCUCUGACCAGUUGCUUCCUUCCUUGUCUUUGCACUCCUCACCUCACAAGUGGGGCUGAGGAAUCACCCGCCUGCUUUCCUGCCUUCAUGGUUGUCGUGAGGACCCCCUAGCUGUUCUAGCUUCUGGAUUUGCAAGUUAGAGUGUGACACGGGUCUGCACAGGAGAUUGUGUCUAGGAGUGAGCAAGAAGUUACUAUUAUUAUUAUUUUUGAGACG